GACCCUGAUAGUGGCUAGAUAGCUUGGCUACUGUAGUAUAAUUAUACCUAGUAGGUAAUCCUUUGAUUUGCUUUUGAUCAUAGUUCCAAAUAUUGCACCUCAAAGGGGACAUCAUUUCAUAGAGAAGUUACGCAUUUGAAGUUUGAAAGUCGUCAGCAAGAGCAAUCCUUGGAGCACUCUUCAUAGUGAAUAUCAUGAAUGAAGAAAAUCCUGACCAACAAGAAAAGAAACAGGAAGAGGUAAAUGUCACGAAUGAAGAAAAUCCUGACCAACAAGAAAAGAAACAGGAAAAGGUGAAUAGGGAAACUACUUUCAAAAAACCUAUUCUCAUUGGCAAAGUUGGAAAGUUACCCAAAAAAGUGUUGCCUGACAAUGGUUCCUCCUCUAAAUCAUCCAUGGAUUUCUCUGAUAGGAAAGGACACAUUCUGGAGGAAGCUCUUCAAAGAACAAUAACACAAUCAUCAGAUGAUGAUGACAGGACACAAAAAACUAACCAUGAACAAGUGAGUAUCCCAGAUGAACAAUUGAAAGAAAACUUGAUAUCUCUACCGUAUAAGGAGCCACUGUGGUCUGGUCUACCAUCAAGUUUGGGAAAUGAGUAUGUAUUUGAAGUCUUGAAAAAUGGGUCAAUUAUAGAAACCAUCAAUCUCAUGAGCAGGGCGUUCUGGGUGUUUGGCAGAAUCACCAGUUGCAACAUUUGCAUGCAGCAUCCAACAAUAUCAAGAUUUCAUGCAGUACUUCAGUAUAGAAGUGAACCAUCUGAAACUGAAGUUCCUGGAUUUUAUUUGUAUGAUUUGGGUAGUACACAUGGCACCUUUCUUAAUAAAAACAGACUGAAACCUAAGGUUUAUGCAAGAAUGCAGGUGGGACAUAUGCUGAAACUAGGAUGUAGUACUCGCUCGUAUAUAUUAAAUGGACCUGAAUAUGAUGAAGAAGUUGAGUCGGAAUUCACAAUAUCUGAACUGAAGCAAAAGAGAGAAGAUGAAUUGAAUAAGCGUAGGGAAGAAGCUUUGAGAAUUAAGAAGGAAAUGGAGGAAAAAGUAAUCAGGGAAGAAGAAAGAGGAGUCGAUUGGGGAAUGGGUGAAGAUGCUGAUGAGGACACUGAUUUAUCCGAGAAUCCUUUUGCUCAAAGUAAUAAUGAGGAAUUAUAUUUAGAUGAUCCAAAAAAGGCUCUUAGAGGCUUCUUUGAAAGGGAAGGCUUAGAACUUGAAUAUAAUUGCAGUGAACAAGGGAUGGGCCAAUUUUUAUGUAAAGUUGUACUUCCUGUUGACGAUGAUGUAGGACAACCUAUAGUUGCGGAAGUACUUCAUAAAGGCAAGAAAAAAGAAGCCGUAGUUCAAUGUGCUCUGGAAGCUUGCAGAAUUUUAGAUAGAUAUGGGGUACUUCGACAAGCAACUCAUGAGUCUCGAAAAAGGAAGGUCAAAAACUGGGAAGAAAAUGACUUUUAUGAUAGCGACGAUGAUACAUUCCUCGAUAGAACAGGGUCUAUAGAGAAAAAACGUGAGAAGAGGAUGAAUGCUAAAUUGCCCCAAAAAGCUGAAACAUAUGAAUCAUUGCUAGAGAAAGAGAAUGUUAUAUCGUCUUCUAUAUCAGAUCUUGAAAAAAGAUUAGCAGAAAUUCAAGAUAGUCAGAAUUCCACAAACAACAAAAACCAAGAAGAAGAUUCACUUGAUACAUUCAUGAAGGAACUGAAACAAUCCAAACCAGAUAAACAAACGAUAGGUAAAUUGAAGAUAGAGUUGACAAAACUCAAAACAGAACACGCUAGUAUUAUACGGCUUGUGAACAUAGCAAAGCCUGCUAGUAUGCCCCCACUGGUAACAAAUUAUGCUGUACCCAGCACAAGCAAAGAUGUGAAAAGCACAUUGUUACCUUUCUAUGGAAAGCGAAGAAAACUAAAGGUUCAGUUACCUAUGAAACCUUCAGAUAUUGAUCUAGCAGCAAACAGCUCAAGUGAAAAUAAAGAGGAAGAAGAAGAAGAAGAAAUAGGGGAAGGAACAAACCAACCAGGAGAUGCAGUCAUAAAUGUGAAUUCUUCUUCAAAUGAUACUCUCGUUCCUAGGGUUACAGACAAUGAAGGCCAAAGCGAGACUAUCUCUAGUUCGUCCUCUUCAUCUUCUCUAAUUGCUUCAGACGAGGAAGAAAUCAGGACUGGUGACUUCGCCUCUAUAAAGGGGUUGCAUAACACAAUGACUUUCAAAAAAUUCGAAAAGAUAUUGAAGAAAGGAUUGCCACCAUUUGCUGGUCAACACCAGGAGAAGCUUGAAAAAAUUUUGAACAACUUGAAAAAACUGGCAGUCAAUGAAGAUCGUAUGCAUGUCGAUUGGAAAAUGCUGGCAGCAAAGAAACGCAAAGUCAUGAAACUCAUAUCAGACUUGAACCACUCAGAACCCAAUGAAAAGCUAGAACACAGAGUCUCCUCCGAGCUCAAUCGCAUUCUAUCAGAAUUGAACACGAUGACGGAACAGAAAUAUAAGGUGAUAGACAAGGUGAAAAGAAUGGGCAAUGAAAUCAGAACUAUUUCUGAAGCAAUUGAUGAAGACUUCAGACAGUACAAGAAGAGCAUGUCCUCUAAUAAAUCAGACGUUUCUGAAUCAUGCAAUGGAAAUCAGUCUGAAAGUAUCGUAGAGUCAAAUCCUAACUUGAAAAAUACGAUAUCAGAACCUUCUACAUCACAUGAAUCGACAGGAGGUGGUUCAGAUUUGGAAGAAUCUGGAGAUGAUUCAGUGGAAUCUGGAGAAAAUAUGCAAGAUAAGAAGAGAAAGAAAAACAAGAGGAGAAUCAAUCAGAGACAAGAUAGGGCGGAACAGGACAGGCAGAGGGGGUAUGAAGAAGAUGCGAAUAGAGAAGACUACACCAUGUGGGUGCCCCCUAGUGGUCAGUCUGGGGAUGGUAGGACAUCAUUGAAUGAUAAGUAUGGCUAUUGAUUGAUUAUUACCUAAUAAACUUGAAAUCCUGUAAACAGUUUCGAUUUGUGUACUUAGGAAUAUCCAAGUUAUUGAAAGAAAUUUGUUUAGGAAAACUAAGUCAAAUAAAUUUCCAGAAUGAAUAUAUC